UCCGGAUUGACGAUACCACAUAUUCCUUUCAAAAAUAAAAAGAUUUUGUUUCACCAAAAGUGCCAAAAGUUCUUCAAAAACCACAAAAAAUGGUACGAGCGUGGUUUAUGGAUAAUGAGACAACAGAUCAGCGUCUAGAGCAUCAUCGCAAUCCUCAGGAAUUUAUUUCCCUUGAGAAUCUCUUUACAAAAACCGGAGUUGAAUACUUCAAGAUUAAUGUGGACAACCAUGAAGCAGAUGAGAUGCUGCAGAGGGUUCGCAAAGACCGCGGGUACUCGUAUGAGGAUCAAAUAACAUGCUCCCGGGAAUGUCUUCCGGACUAUGAAGCAAAGCUGAAGAACUUUUUUACAGAGCACCUGCACACCGAUGAGGAAAUUCGCCUGGUUAUGGAUGGAUCUGGAUAUUUUGAUGUCAGAGAUGCUGAUGAGAAUUGGAUCCGUAUUGAAGUUACACGGGGUGAUAUGAUCAUCAUUCCCAGUGGAAUCUAUCAUCGAUUCACCCUGGAUACCAAGAAUUUCAUUGUGGCAAAGCGAUAUUUUGUCGGUGAGCCCGUUUGGUUGCCAUACAAUCGUCCUGCUGAUGACAUGGACUGCCGCAAGGCAUACGUGAAGAAAUUAACUGAAGGAUUCAAGUAGAUUUUUGCACAUUUUUCUACCUUUUUGUCUUUUUUGUGGUGCUGGGAGAGAUUUUUUUUAAAUAAAAACCAAAAGAAUUUG